AUGCCUGAGGAACAAACCUUCUGUGUCCUUGGCAAAAUUAUGUUUGAGUAUGGGUUACAUGACCUCUUCAAAGAUGGAUUUGAUAUUCUUCACAUGCGUUUUUAUCAACUUGGGAAGUUGAUGGAAGAACAACUCCCUGACGUGUGGCAGCACUUCCAGGAGCAGGGUGUUGAGAUUCACAUGUUUGCUAGUCAGUGGUUCCUUACUCUAUACACAGCCAAGUUCCCUCUCUUCAUGGUGUUCCAUUACCUGAACCUAUUCUUGCUCACAGGCAUUGACUCUGUGCUCCAAGUGGCUCUGGGUUUGUUGCAGAUGGUGACAAAGAUGGUCCCUGUACUGCGACCUAGUGUUGGGCAGCAGCUGCACUAG